ACGAUGCCAAAAGAGAUUCUUUGUCAUAUAUUGUCAUUCCUUACCACCAAAGAGGCUGCUUUGACAUCUGUUUUGUCAAAGAGGUGGCGCGAUUUGAUUGCAUUUGUCCCUAAUCUUACUUUUGAUGACUCUGUCUUUCUGAAUCCUGAAGAGGGUAAACAGAAUAGGUACGAAAUUCAUCUGAGCUUCGUGUAUUUCGUUGAUAGAGUAUUGGCAUUGCAGGGUAGUAAUCAUUCUCCCAUUAAUAAGUUCUCCCUCAAGUUUAGAACUACCUUUGUAUCAUCAGACCGAGUAGAUUGUUGGAUAAGUAACGUCUUCGCUCGCGGGGUUUCCGAACUUGAAGUGCGUGUCGCAGGCUGUUUUCAACUAUCAUCAGUAUGUUUCAUGAGCAGGAAUCUGGUUACGCUGAAACUAAACAAUGUUGGUAUUGAUUUGUUGGCUAGGGACGUUUUCUUACCAAUGCUUAAAAAUCUCCAUCUUCGCUCAGUUAGGUUAUUUGUUGAUAAGUUCUCUUUCCGUGCUUUGCCUGCCUUGGAGGAGUUAUUCCUGGUUAGUAUGUACUGGGGAGAUAGAGAUGUCAUCGUGUCAAAUGCAACCCUCAAGACCCUAACAAUAGAUCGCAACUAUUGUUUAGGCACUUUUUCGUUUGAUACACCUAGUCUUGUUUACUUCUGUUACUCUGAGUUUGCUGCUAAAGACUACCCUGUAGUUAAAAUGGAGAAGUUAUUUGAGGCUAGAAUCAGCCUUUUGGUAACUGAAGAACAAAUCGAGCGAGCUAGAGCGGCAAAUAACGAUUUGGUGGAGGAUGAUGUUGUUCUCCGAUUAGUAAAUGUGGGGAACCUUAUAAAAGGCAUGCGAAAUGUUCGGUGUCUGAACUUGUCUGCCAAUACUCUCGAGGUGCUUUCUCUGUGUUGUGAAUCGAUGCCUGUCUUCAACAACCUCAAAUCGUUAACUAUUAAGAGUAACAAGAGUCGAGGAUGGCAAGCGAUGCCAGUUCUUCUAAGGAACUGUCCACAUGCAGAAACUUUAGUCCUUGAGGGUCUCUUGCACUAUGUCACUGAUAAUUGCGGGGAUGCUUGUGACUGCCUUUCUCGUAAAGAAAAGGGUCGCUCACUCACAUCUUGUCCUGUAAAAUUGUUAGAGAUUAAAGGGUUCCAAGGAACAUCCAAAGAGAUGCACAUGAUAAAACAUUUCGUGGACUAUUUUCCAUGUUUAGAGGAGAUAAAGAUCUUCUACAAGGGAGAGAAUUGUCCUUUACAGCUCAGGGACCAUUAACUAAUGCUGGAUUUACUCUUGACGAGAAUUUCUUUUUCUUUUAUAUAACAAUAUACAUA